AUGUCCACACCCACACGCCCACACCCACAUGUCCACACCCACACGCCCACACCCACUCUGCACACCCACACAUGCACACCCACACGUCCACACCCACAUAUGCACACCCACACGUCCACACCCACACGUGUACACCCACAUGUACACACCUACUUGUGCACACCCACACCCACACAUCUACACCUAAACGUCCACACCCACACGUCCACACCCACACAUGUACACCCACACAUCCACACCUACUCAUGCACGCUCACACUUCCAUGCCCACACAUGCACGCUCAUAUGUCCACACCCACACAUCUAUGGCCACACGUGCACACCCACACGCCUAUACUCACAUGUCUAGACCCACGUGUCCAGACCCAUGUGUCUAUACCCACACGUGCACAGCCACACAACUAUGCCCACACGUCUACGCCCACAAGUGCACACCCACACAUGCACACCCACACAUCCACACCCACUCGUGCACGCCCACACUUCCAUGCCCACACAUGCACGCUCAUAUGUCCACACCCACACAUCUAUGGCCACACGUGCACACUCACACGCCUAUACUCACGUGUCCAGACCCACGUGUCUAUACCCACAUGUGCACACCCACACAUCUAUGCCCACACGUCUACGCCCACACAUGCACACUCACAGUGCACACUCACGUGUCCACACCCACAUGUCUACACCCACUUAUGCACACAUGCACACUCGCAUGUCCACACCCACACGUGUACACUCACACGUCCACAGCCACGCUUGCAUACUGACUCUAUAGCAAUUUUUAAAGAGCAUAAAGUAUAA